CAUUACUAAUUUAUCCAGAGUUUUGUUUUCUGAUCAUGCUUGUCCCAGUGAACAUUGUAAUCCUGACAAUCACUUUUGGUAAUUUAGGCUGUGGCACCUGUAAACAGUAAACAUGCAGCGGCGUAGACGCAUUAAUCCAAAGGAUGAUGCAAGAUUUUAUGUUACUGCUGAAAGUGACAAAGUGGGACUUGACAUCAAGUACAUCAAUGCUGUAAAAGGCCGUGGCAUCUUCACCUCUGUUCCAUUUGAAAAGGGAGACUUUCUAUUGGAAUACAGAGGUGAUCUAAUAAGCAAGCAAGAAUGUGAGAGGAGACGGAGCAUUUACCAUGACCUCCUCAAAGUGUUUAUGUUCGAGUUCCAUUUUAAUGGAAAACUGUGGUGUGUUGAUGCAGCAACAGAGAAUGGGUCACUUGGCAGACUUGUAAAUGACGACCAUAUGAACCCUAAUGCCAAGAUGAAGUACCUCACUGUACAAGGGAAGCCCCAUCUCUGUUUGUUUGCAGUUCGAGACAUAAGUCCAGGAGAGGAGAUCACCUAUAAUUAUGGUGAUUCAGACUGGCCGUGGAGAUGCAAGGUGGUCGAAAUUUGA